UUGGGCUGAGGUAGCCAUGUAUAAAUAGUGUGAUCUCAAAUUGAAAGGCAUAAAUAACAGCAGGAGUGAUCUAACCCUAUACAGCCCAUCUUCUACGUGCAAAAACAGCGUGCAGAGGACGGCCACAUCUCCGAUUGAAAACAAGUGGAUCUCUGUGGAUAAGAUCAUCGGGCAGCCAUGGAAGAACUUACGGCUUUUGUAUCCAAAUCUUUUGACCAGAAAAGCAAAGAGAGCAGCAGCGGCAGUGGCAGCAGCAACAAGAAGGAGACGAUCACGUACAGGGAAGUUUUGGAGAGUGGGUUGGCUCGCUCUAGGGAGCUUGGAAACUCUGACUCUAACCUACAGGACAUGACCGAGACCAGCAACCAUUGCCCGGUGCAUCUUUUCAAAGACCAUGUAGAGAGCGACAAGGACAAACUGAAGGAGUUCAACACGGGCAGGACGGCGGAAGGUAUCUACGAGUGCAAAGAGAAGAGGGAAGAUGUGAAGUCAGAAGACGAAGAUGGACAGACCAAGCUUAAACAAAGGAGAAGCAGAACCAAUUUCACACUAGAGCAGCUGAAUGAGCUGGAAAGACUUUUUGAUGAGACUCACUAUCCGGAUGCCUUCAUGAGGGAGGAACUAAGCCAGAGGCUGGGUCUCUCUGAAGCUAGGGUUCAGGUAUGGUUCCAGAACAGGAGAGCAAAGUGCCGAAAGCAGGAAAACCAGAUGCACAAAGGUGUGAUCCUGGGAACCGCCAGCCAUUUAGACGCCUGCAGAGUAGCCCCUUAUGUGAAUAUGGGAGCCCUGAGGAUGCCUUUCCAACAGGUCCAGGCGCAGCUGCAGCUGGAGGGCGUGGCCCACGCGCACCCGCACCUGCACCCGCACCUGGCGGCCCACGCGCCCUACCUGAUGUUCCCGCCGCCGCCCUUCGGGCUGCCCAUCGCCUCCCUGGCGGAGUCCGCCUCCGCCGCCGCCGUGGUGGCCGCUGCCGCCAAGAGCAACAGCAAGAACUCCAGCAUCGCCGACCUGAGGCUGAAGGCCCGGAAGCACGCCGAGGCCCUGGGGCUCUGACACGCUUCACCCGAGCUCCUCCUCAUACUCCUCCUCC